GCGCGCUGUCACGUGACGUGCGUGGCGACGUGUCGGCCAUCUUGUGUUGUUGAGGCUGAGGACUGACUUUGGUUCUGAGAGACUCCUGUCCCGGACCGCAGUGUUAAAGGGGCCUGAACAAAGUCUGCUCAAACUGCCUGCUGUGAACCAGCCGAAAUUUUGAACAGGUUUCUCCAACACAUAAAAAUCUUGUAAACAUACGGAAAAGAAUGGCAGCUGAAACGCAGACAUUGAACUUUGGGCCUGAAUGGCUCCGAGCUCUGUCCAGCGGUGGGAGUAUUACGUCCCCUCCUCUUUCUCCAGCAUUGCCGAAAUAUAAAUUAGCAGACUAUCGUUAUGGCAGAGAAGAAAUGUUAGCACUUUUCCUUAAAGACAACAAGAUACCUUCAGAUCUUCUGGAUAAAGAAUUUCUGCCUAUCCUACAGGAGGAGCCCCUGCCGCCGUUGGCUCUUGUACCAUUUACAGAAGAAGAACAGAGAAACUUUUCCAUGUCUGUAAAUAGUGCUGCUGUCCUGCGAUUGACAGGACGAGGAGGAGGAACAGUGGUGGGGGCUCCUAGAGGUCGAAGUUCUUCAAGAGGGCGAGGCAGAGGCAGAGGUGAAUGUGGUUUUUACCAAAGAAGCUUUGAUGAAGUAGAGGGUGUGUUUGGUCGAGGAGGUGGCAGGGAAAUGCAUAGGUCACAGAGCUGGGAGGAAAGGGGUGACAGACGUUUUGAAAAACCAGGACGAAAAGAUGUAGGAAGACCAAAUUUUGAGGAAGGUGGACCAGCAUCAGUGGGAAGAAAGCAUGAAUUUAUACGAUCAGAAAGUGACAAUUGGCGUAUUUUUAGAGAGGAGCAAAACGGAGAAGACGAAGACGGAGGAUGGCGGCUAGCCGGGUCACGGAGGGAUGGGGAGAGGUGGCGGCCUCACAGUCCUGAUGGCCCUCGUUCUGCAGGCUGGCGGGAGCACAUGGAACGGCGGCGAAGGUUUGAGUUUGAUUUUCGAGAUCGGGAUGAUGAACGGGGCUACCGACGGGUGCGCACGGGCAGUGGCAGCAUCGACGAUGACAGGGACAGCUUGCCCGAGUGGUGCUUAGAGGACGCUGAGGAGGAGAUGGGCACAUUUGACUCUUCUGGAGCGUUCCUCUCUCUGAAGAAAGUACAGAAAGAGCCUAUUCCAGAAGAGCAGGAGAUGGACUUCCGGCCUGUGGAGGAAGGGGAGGGGUGCUCUGACUCAGAGUGUAGCCAUAAUGAAGAAGCCAAAGAACCUGAUAAGACAAAUAAGAAAGAGGGAGAAAAGAUGGAUAGAAUAGGAGUUGAAACUAGUGAGGAAACACCUCAAACCUUAACAUCGUCUGCUAGACCAGGUACUCCUGCAGACCAUCUGCCUCAAGAAACACCGCAGUUUGAGAGGAAGGAGGAGCCCAGAACCGAGCAAACGGAAAAAGCCGAAGACGAGAGUAGGAUGGAAAAUAGUUUGCCAACCAAAGUGCCCAGCAGAGGGGACGAAAUGGUUUCUGAUGUCCAGCAGCCCCUGUCGCAGAUUCCUUCAGAUACAGCCUCUCCCCUCCUCAUACUCCCACCUCCUCUUCCUAGUCCUGGUCCUGCCCUCCGGCCGGUUGACACGCCGGGUGCAGGUGCUCCUGGUAUGGGCAGUGUCUCUGCGGAGCCGGAUGACGAAGAGGGCCUCAAACAUUUGGAGCAGCAAGCUGAGAAGAUGGUGGCUUAUCUCCAAGACAGUGCACUGGAUGAAGAGAGACUGGCGUCGAAACCGCCAGAGCACAGAGCUAAGGGAGUGUCGGUUCCAUCCAUGCACGAAGCCAUGCAGAAGUGGUAUUACAAAGAUCCUCAGGGAGAAAUUCAAGGUCCUUUCAAUAAUCAGGAGAUGGCAGAAUGGUUUCAGGCGGGCUAUUUUACUAUGUCUUUAUUGGUGAAGAGAGCAUGUGAUGAAAGCUUCCAGCCUCUUGGUGAUAUCAUGAAAAUGUGGGGAAGGGUUCCCUUCUCUCCUGGUCCAGCGCCGCCGCCUCAUAUGGGAGAGUUGGACCAGGAGCGACUGACCAGGCAGCAGGAACUCACGGCCUUAUACCAGAUGCAGCAGCUCCAGUACCAGCAGUUCUUAAUACAACAACAGUAUGCACAGGUUUUGGCUCAGCAGCAGAAAGCAGCCCUGUCUUCCCAGCAGCAGCAGCAGUUGACACUCCUCCUGCAACAAUUCCAGGCGCUGAAGAUGAGACUAUCUGAUCAGAACGUCAUUUCCUCAGUGACUAGAUCCAUGUCGGUGCCAGACACGGGGUCUAUCUGGGAGCCGCAGCCGGCAGCCGCGCAGCCUGCAGUUUGGGAAGGUGGUAGCGUGUGGGAUCUUCCCCUGGAUACCACGACUCCGGGACCUGCCCUGGAGCAGCUUCAGCAGAUGGAGAAGGCCAAAGCUGCCAAGCUAGAGCAGGAGAGAAGGGAGGCAGAAAUGAGAGCGAAACGGGAAGAGGAAGAGCGAAAGAGGCAAGAAGAGCUCCGGAGACAGCAGGAGGAGAUUCUUCGGAGACAGCAGGAGGAAGAAAGGAAGAGGCUGGAGGAAGAAGAGCUUGCCCGAAGGAAACAGGAGGAGGCCCUGCGACGCCAGAGGGAGCAGGAGAUGGCGCUGAGGCGACAGCGCGAAGAGGAGGAAAGGCAGCAGCAGGAGGAGGCGCUCAGGAGACUGGAGGAGAGGAGAAGGGAGGAGGAGGAGAGGCGGAAGCAGGAGGAGCUGUUACGCAAGCAGGAAGAGGAGGCUGCAAAAUGGGCCCGGGAAGAAGAAGAGGCCCAGCGUCGAAUAGAGGAGAACCGGCUGCGGAUGGAAGAGGAGGCAGCUAGACUCCGGCAGGAGGAGGAGGAGCGGAAGAGGAAGGAGCUGGACCUGCAGCGGCACAAGGAGCUGAUGCGCCAGCGGCAGCAGCAGCAGGAGGCUCUGCGGAGGCUGCAGCAGCAGCAGCAGCAGCAGCAGCUGGCACAGAUGAAGCUCCCCUCUUCUUCAACGUGGGGCCAGCAGUCCAACACAACAGCCUGUCAGUCGCAGGCAACGCUGUCAUUGGCUGAGAUCCAAAAACUGGAAGAGGAACGCGAACGGCAGCUUCGGGAAGAGCAAAGGCGCCAGCAGAGGGAAUUGAUGAAAGCUAUUCAGCAGCAGCAGCAGCAGCAGCAGCAGAAACUGUCAGGCUGGGGGAAUGUCAGCAAACCCGCAGGUACUGCAAAGUCGCUCCUGGAGAUACAACAGGAAGAAGCCAGGCAAAUGCAGAAGCAGCAGCAGCAGCAGCAGCACCAGCAACCAAAUAGAACCCGGAAUAAUACGCAUUCCAACCUGCACACCAGCAUUGGGAAUUCUGUUUGGGGCUCUAUAAAUACUGGUCCCCCUAACCAGUGGGCAUCUGACCUAGUCAGUAGUAUCUGGAGUAAUGCGGACAGUAAAAACUCCAACAUGGGGUUCUGGGAUGAUGCGGUGAAAGAGGUGGGACCUAGGAAUUCGUCCAAUAAAAAUAAAAAUGCCAGUCUCAGUAAAUCUGUAGGUGUGUCUAACCGGCAGAAUAAGAAAGUAGAAGAAGAAGAAAAGUUGCUGAAGCUCUUUCAGGGAGUAAAUAAAGCCCAGGAUGGAUUUACCCAGUGGUGUGAACAGAUGCUUCAUGCCCUGAAUACGGCAAAUAACUUGGAUGUUCCCACAUUUGUUUCUUUCCUGAAAGAAGUAGAAUCUCCUUAUGAGGUCCACGAUUAUAUUAGGGCCUAUCUAGGAGAUACCUCUGAGGCCAAGGAGUUUGCCAAGCAGUUCCUCGAGCGUCGUGCCAAACAGAAAGCCAGCCAGCGGCAGCAGCAGCAGCAGCCGGCGCCGCCGCAGCCUCAGCCGCAGCAGCAGCAGGACUCGGUGUGGGGGAUGAACCACAGUGCACUCCAUUCAGUAUUCCAGACCAAUCAAAGCAACAACCAACAGUCCAAUUUUGAGGCCGUACAGAGCGGCAAGAAGAAGAAAAAACAGAAGAUGGUCCGUGCAGACCCCAGUUUAUUAGGGUUUUCCGUCAACGCUUCGUCGGAGCGGCUCAAUAUGGGUGAGAUCGAGACCCUGGAUGACUACUGAGCGCCUGCCAGGGGACUGGCCCCCCCUCCCCCCCACCUCCGCCGACCACGGAUUCUCCACCUCUGGACACCACACUCACUCGCCAUGUCCUCUUUGUCACUCUGCAACAAGCCACAGAACCGAUCAUCUCAGGCUUUUUCUUCUAGCCCUUUGUGUCCACGAUUCUUUAACCGUUUUUGUUGGUGAGCAUCUCAGACUGUAGAUAAGCGGACAAGCCCCGUGUCUCCCUCUGGGCGGCGUCGGGGCGACUCUCCAACGAGGCUGGUGCGGGCAGCACUGUUGGCCAUGCCGCGGUGUCGCCUGCCGUCGCCCAGACCGAGUGUCCGGGUGUGCCAAUAGCAGUUUACUUUCCUUCGUCGCUUUUUUCCUUUUGUUUUUCUUCUUCAUUGUAUUCCCCCAGUAAGGGCGUGGGGUCUCACUGGUGCGGUCGUGAAGAGAGUUAAUGGUGACAGACACGGGCCAGCUGCAGGACACCCAUGGCCCGGGACUGGGCAUCCGGCGGAGACCGCCAGCACGCUGCAGCGUGCAGGCCGCGGCGCCGAGUCUGGGGUCGCAUCCAGGAGGCCCCGAGAUGGGCGGCGUUUAGAUCAGAUUGGUUUGAUGUUGCACACCCUCACUGUUCUUCCUGAGCGUCCUUUCGGAGCAAGGAUUCGUGUUUUCUUCGUUAGAUAGUGACUUCCACGCGGGCCGACUUCUCCCCUGGCGUACUCGGACCCGAUUGGACAGAGGAGACCCUGUGGCCUGGGAGAGGGACUUACUCUUAACUUUUCUUUCUUAAAAAACUGAUUUUUCCCAUAAAUAUUUUUACUUCAGAGGACUAGGACCAGUUUGUUUUUGGGCCUUUCUGCUGAAAAUUUGUCUCGUUUAAGAGGCAGCUAGGAUCUUUACCAUAUGUAUGAAUUUGUAUAAUUUCAUUUUGGAUAGGGAUAAACUUCUGCAUCAGAUAAAAGCCCGGAAUUUCAUCUGGUUCCUCAGAGCAUUGCGUGUGUGUCUUGCUGUGGCCUCAAAAAGGUUUUGUUUAAGGAAUCUGGGAUGGCAAGUGGCUUGCCUUUCUUGAAAAGAGAGCGUUCCAGACCUGACCAUCUUUAAGAUUUUCAUUCAUGGAAACCACUAUACCGGAGAAUGCAGCGGGGUGGAGGGGGUGGGAGAGAGCGGAGGAGGAGCCUGGUGCUGGCUUCUGGUCAUGGCCUUCUAAUGCCCUUCCCUUCCCGUAGAAACGUAGUCAAGCCCUAUUUAUAAACGAGUGCUCUUCCCGCCCCACCAGUCCCCCAGAGAACACCGCCCGGAGCUGCCGAUCCCACUUCGGUGCGGAGGCGUUGGGCCGCCCGUCCGUGUGCGAGAAGCGCGUGCGGGCGCCCCGGUAGAGCGUCUCCCCGCCUGUCCUCGCUGCCUGCGGAGGGCCGGGUCUGCUCUGAGAGCAGUUCGGUGUGGAUGAGUACCACCUUCGGUUUCUGUUUUUAUUCUUUUGGAUCACCAUUCUCCCUGCUCCUCCUCGCCUCCCCCCCAACGUGUACAAUAACUAUACAGAGACUGCUAUAAACUUGUAUAUAGUUUUUGGAUCAAACGGCAUGAGGAGAUGGGGGACCAUUUAAAAUUGGGACUCCCGCUCUCCUUUGCUUUGUAAAUUCAAAAAUGGGGGGUGGGGAAGAGGAAUAGUUAAAAUGUUUACAAAACUUUAAGCUCCCUCGGAACUUUUGCCAGUGUGGAGGAAAA